UGAAUGUACUUAUGUUACUGUUAUGUAGGUGUUAUUGGGAUAAAUAACCAUAAUUGGUUACUUAUAUAUGUUAUAAUAAUAAAUUUUAUGUGUGCUGUUAAUUCAAUAAAAUAGUAUAGAAAACAAGGUUCAAGAAACUGUCUAUAUUUUAAUCUUUACACAAAUACUUCAUAUCUCAUUCAUAUUUCGAUACAUUUAGUUGUAUAAACAUUACUGGGAAUCUUUUUUGUGAAGAAACUUUCGAUAUUCUGAAUACAAGUUUAAUCUAGACUUACAAAAUGUCAGACGAUGAACAGAGCCCACAACCAUCUCCAGCAUUCAUUCCCAAUGAGGAUGGAAAAUCUGAAGCAAAAAUUCGUAUGGAAAUGGAAGCCAAGCGUAGAAAAGAGAGAGCUGAAGAGGAAUGGAGAGAAUAUGAAGAGUUUCGUAGAGGUGAACGUGAAAAAGAAGAAGAAGAGAUACGUCAAUUAAGAGAACGUCGAGAACGACGUAAAAUGGAACGUGAAGAAGAAGAAAAACGAUUAGCUGAAUUACGUCAGAUAGAAGAUCAAAAAAGACGAGCAGAAGAAGAAGAACGACAAAGAAAGAAACGUGAAGAAGAACAACGUAAACGUGAAGAACGUGAACGUAAAAAGAAAGAAUGGGAAGAGCGUAAAAAUGCUAAUCGACCUAAUUUCGUUAUUACAAAGAAGGGACCAGGUGCACAAGAAACGGAAGAAGAGAAAAAGGAAGAAGUUACAAAGUCAAAAGAACAGUUGGAAGCUGAAAAACGUGCCAUUUUAGAACAACGUAUACAGCCAUUGAAUAUUAGUGGUUUUAAUGCUGAUCAAUUAAAGAAUAAAGCUAAAGAAUUACACGAUCUUAUCUGUCGAUUAGAGGGUGAUAUUUAUGAUUUAUCACAACGUUUCACAAGACAAAGUUAUGAUAUGCAAGAAUUAGCAGAACGUGCACGUCAAAUAAACAAAGGAGGGAAAGCAAAAGCUAUCACCAAUGCACCGGAUCCAUUAGCGGCUAAAUUCAGCGGUAUUCCUCCUAUGGUUGUUAUGUACAGUCAAUAUGAACGAGUGAAAGAUCCAAGAUCAUUCAAAGAUCGACGCACUGUCUUUACAGGUGCUAAUUAUGCAGAAGAAUACCAACGUAUUGCACCUUCACAUGUGUUGGUUAUGACAGAAGAAGGCUUUCAAAUAGCCGGAGCCGCUGAAGGUGGAGGACAUUCGGCUGCUCCUGCCCCUGCAACUGAAGUUCCUGUUGAAUAAAUGAUUCUAUGAACAUUAAUUAUAGUAAUACUGCUAUCAUUGUUAUUGUCACCAGUAUAAUUACCACCAAUUACUUCUGAUUCUUUUUCAUUUCUCUGUCUCUUUCUAUUUGUGUUUCUUCUUUUUCGUUUGUUUCAGUGUUACCAUAUUCACUCAAAUGUUCUGAGUUUUUAUUUUUAUUAUGUUACUGAAAAAAGAAAUUUACUUAUUAUCCCUAAUGCUUUUAACCAAAACUAACUAUGCUACCGCUUUCCUGCCUUACUGAUAUCAUUGAUAGCGAGUAUGUAAUCAUUCACUCCUUCUUCUUAUGUUUCUUCUUCUUCGCCUUGUCUUCAUGAAUUCUGAUAAAUUAUCAUUAAUUAUUAAGUCACCUAAAGUACCAUUGAUUCAUUAAAACACCAAAUAUCUAACCGUCACUACAGAAACUAUAAAUAAAACUACCCUUAUCUUUAUUAGACUGUGUAGUUUCUUAUUACUAUUACUAUUAUUAUUAUCAUCAUUAUUACUAUUAUUAUGACUCCCUCUCCUAUGUUGAAUAAUUUACUUUAAGUAAUAAAUGGGAACAUUCUAUGCUACUAGAAUUUUUGGAGUACAAAUCUAUUAUUCAAAUGUCUAAAACCUACUAAUUAGACCGAACAGUUCGUCUGUUUUACAUAUUGAAUCUCAGCAAAGUGAUAAGUUUUAGGUUGUAUUAAGUUGAUAGAAUGAAGUUCUGGUUAAUUCAUACCUGAAAUAACAAAUGAGUCUAAUGCUUCAUGGUUUGUAAGGGUUCUGUAGUAAAUAGAAGUUAUAG